AUGAGGUGCGAUCUAGGGCAGCCAGGAUGUCAGAAUUGUGCCAAGUCGGGGCGUGUAUGUUCUGGGUACUACCGACCUCACACAUUUGUCCUUUCCAAGGAUGUUGUCCUUGCGCCAGAUGAUAAAAGCGUCACCGAGUUUGACUCGGGCCUCGUUCUUGUUUCCCGUUGGAGAGCCGACCCAGGUCAGAAAGACCGUGCCCAAGCGCUCUUCCCUCGCCUUCUACAGCAUGAUACCUCCAUACCAAAAGAAGUGUCUCCUAGUCAUGCCUAUCGGGAUAAGCUGUUUGAGCUCUUUUUGGAUCAUCGCUUCCCGGCCAAGGACCAACCUGUGCCCGCCUUGGAGAAGCGCGAUUGGAUACUGCAGGUUCUGGAGCUUCCUACCCUAACGCCCGGUCUCACCCACGCUGUUUUGGCAGUCUGCACGGCCCACAUAGGGCGCCGCAACAAUGAUAAUGUACUCCUGAAGCAUAGCUUACCUCUUUAUGGACAAGGCUUGCGGGACCUUCAACGAGCACUUUGUGAUCCAAGUUGGCGCGAUAAUGAGCAAACCCUGGCUGCUAUCUCGGCACUUUUACUCUACGAGCUUUCAGAGUGCCCAGGCAACACGGUUGACGGUUACAUGUCACAUUACAAUGGCUUUAUGGAGCUCCUACGCCUGAGGGGACCUAAAUCUUGCAGAUCGGGUCUCGCCCAUAGCUUGUUUCUAGUUCUGCGUCUACAUACUGUGUUCCAAGGUCUUGUGCGACGCUCUGCGUCUUUUCUAAUCGAGCCAUCUUGGAUUCAAAAUCCUUGGGGUUCAGAGAAAAGCCACUUUGAUCUACUGCUUGAUAUUGUCCUUGAGUUACCAGUUCUGUUUGUCCAGAGCGAUGCUAUAGCAAAAAUUGCCUGUCCACAAGAACGGCUCAAGAAGUUUCUCGAGACCAUUCAUAAGGGACAGCGCAUGGAGUCCCUCCUCACCACGUGGCUUGCCAGAUUCGAGCCCUCAGUCAACGGACCUCUGUAUUACCCAGAACUCAAGUUCACCGAGAAUGCCUCAGGCGGCUACCGGCUCUCCUCAAUUGUUUUCCAGUUUCCCGCCUUUUUUGUGGCCCAGAACGUCGUUUACUACUGGCUGGGCCUGCUCAUAGUCCACGCUCACCUGUGCUUCAUGUACAAUGGUCUUGAGCGCCUCAUGGAUGCUCUGGCUUCAGUCAUGGACACCUAUGCGUGUACUUGUGACAGUACUUCAGAAAAUGAGCCGGGUGGUCCAGCUGCAUGUGUGCGCCACUUCAACUUGAAAAUGUUGCCACCGCUGGCCCACAGACGAAAUUGGGGCAAGACUACUGCAUACAACAUCUGCCAGUCCAUUGACUAUUUUCUGCAGGAAGAUCUGCGUGACUUUGGGACUACAACUGUUAUACCGGCACUCGCGAUUGUAAAGACUUACUGGGGUCUCUGGCCUGGCGAUUGGACACGAGAGAUAUCCUGGGCGCAGCAUAUGUUAAAAGAUAUCAUGGCGAGGGGCAGCGGGAUAGCUGGGCAUCUGUGA